UUUAAGAAAUCAAGUUGGAUCCGAUUUUUUGUAGGAAGCCUAAAUUUUCAAAAUUGGAAAAUUCUCUUUAUUUCUCCUUUUUCAUCUUCAUAUAUAAAAGCCAUGGAACAGGAAGAUAAAACAAAAUCCGGAGAAACAGCGAAAAGUGAUGCUGGAAGUUCUGCUGAUUCGGGUACCAUAGAUCAAGCUUUUAAAGAAAUAUUUGAAGUUUUUGCCAAAUUUGGAGAUCGAGAGAGUGAAGGCAACAUUACCCUGAAGAAUAUCGACAAAUGGCUAAAGCAAGCAAACAUCCUGGGCAAGAAAAUCACUAAUGCAGACACUGCCAUCACCUUCUCAAAAAUUGCCAAAACAAAGAAACGCAUGGACUUUCACGAGUUCCAAGAAUUUCUGGACACCCUGGCAAAAGAUAAGAAGAUGGAAGCCCAGGAACUCAUAUCCCAACUGCAAGCAACUGCAGCUCCCGAGCUCAGCAAUGCUACAAUGCCAGUGACAACGGGAGCAGUCGGAGAGAACUUGCGACGUAUGACGGAUCCCUCUUUGUACACAGGGGCUCACAAAGAGCGCUUUGACGAAUCUGGGAAAGGUAAAGGGAUCGCAGGAAGAGAAGACUUGACUGAUAAUUCCGGAUAUGUCACAGGCUAUAAAGAAAAAGAUACCUACGAUAAACUUCAUAAGAAAGAUGAGGAGAAAAAGAAAGAGGACUGAAAUUUUAUUUAUACAAAUCUUUUUGAAAAUUAUCAUGCUAUAAUACUCCAAAAUUUAUAACUCGUUAUAAUAAAACAUAUGCUUUAAUCAA